AUGGAUAAAUGUUUUGUCGCCUGUGGCUGCGAUGACCAUGAAGGAGUGACGAAAAGCGAUUUGGACCGUUUUACGGAUAAAAUUGAAAACGUCUUGAACGAUGAAAAAGGGAGGCGGCUAUUCAGAAAUUUCAUGUACACCACAAAGAUGAAAGACGGCAGAAGAACUUUAGAUUUUUUAGAACACAUUGAAAGAUUACUUGGUUAUUUUGGAGACGCUGAAAGUACAUCCUAUCGAAGAUACCUCAGAGAUUUUGAUCGUCUUAUUGACGAGGCCGAGCGUAUAGAGGAAUUAGAUUUUGCAACCAUGGAGAGAUUAGCUAUUGCGCGCGAUUCGGAAAACAAAGACGAUAUGGCCGAUGUAUUGAAAUUAUUAAAAGUUGAAGCUACUAAAGCACUUCGCAGAGAGUACAAUGCAUUUAGACGACACUUUAUUCCCACA